AUGCACAUUUAUGCCAUACGGUCCUUUAUUUUAUUACUUGACUUAAAUGUACCACAAGUUGUCGUACAUUAUUAAGAAAAUAUUGGAUAUGGUGUUUGGACAAAAUAUCAGCCUUUUGGUCUGAUGUCAGACUUGAGUAUUAUUACCCUUUAUUAUUUUAGGUAAUAGGGAAUGGUAACUAGAUGGAUCUAUAAAUAGAUCAAAUACGAUCUAAGGAGGAUAGUUUAUAUAUUCAAUGAAACAAAGGGAGAACAAUAUCUAAAUUUUAGUUGUUUCAUUAGUAGUUGACUAGAUUGAUUAAAGAUUUCAACCAAGUAUCUACUAUUCAUUUGCUAAAUCAUCUGGUUUAAUAUAAUUCAAUACAUAUACAAUAAUUGAAGGUAUAUGGAUUUUGUGUUAUGCAUAUUUUGAUUUUCUUACAAAAAUAACAACAAUUGGAAUCUAUAACAAUCAUGAACCAUUAAAAACAUAUUAAAUUUUGGAUACACCGUCAUUCGUGAGCCAAAUUAGACAUAAUGUUGGUGGAAUAUAUUCAUACAAAAACAAAAAUGGAGAUCGAGUGUAACUAACUUAGUUUAUUGGGUCUAUGUCAAAUUUAUUUACAUCAAAUAAUUAGAACAUUCUUUUAGAUUUAGAAUAGUGCGUUAAUUAAUUUAUUAAAUAUGAUAUUUGCUUUAGUAAAGAAUAUAAUAUGAGCCAGAAAAUUUAGUAUAUGAGUGGAUUCGAUCUUAUUCAGAUGUAAACAUCAGUACUCAACAUACCUAUCUACUAGAUCCAAGGAUGGAUAAAACUAGACGUGCCAAAUUUACCUUUCCUAGAAACAACAAUUUUUAGAAUAACUAUUAAUUACAAUUAUAGUGAUGAUUCUUAUAUCGGUGAUAGAGAAGUUUUAUUGAAAUACUUUCAGAGUAGUGUUCCAGGGGAAAAUGGUUUUAAAAUUUCCACUUACAGUUACGCAUUUCCAGUAAAAUCGAGAUAUAAGACUUAAGAGGAUGAUAAAAUUUCUGAAUAUGGCGACCAGUAUUCUUCCAUGUUUAUUACUUGGCAUUAUUUUUCAUUUGAAAUAGGAACAUUGAAUAAUGAUGGCUAACCAUAAUUUACUUUAUAUUUUCCUUCUGAAAAUUAAUACUAUAAAUACAUUUGGGAUAAAAUUAUAAAGCACUUUUCUGGAGCUACAUACUACAUAUUUAUUGGAGGGGAUAAUUAUGUGAAAUCAUAUCUUAGAGGAUAUGUCAGUGAUAUUAAGUUUUAUUUAUAUUGCUAGCCUGAAGUUCCUGUGGUUGUAGUUAGUUGUGAUUAUUCAUGUUUAGAUUGUGAUGGUCCAACACCUUUAAACUGUCUCAGUUGUCACGAAAAUAGUCAUAGACAAUUUUCUAGAACUGGAAAAACUUGUAAUUGUUAGGAAGGAUUUGUGGAUGUAAAAGACCAAGAAGAAUGUGUAUCAGUAGCUGAAGCAUUUUCAUAUCUUACAAAAUAAGAGAUUGAAUUAAAUUGCAAUUUAGAAGGCUACAGUAGAUGCGAUGGAUCAAAUGUUGAGUGUAGUUUUGGAUAUUUUCUAUUUAAAAACUAAUGUGUUAAAUGGUAAUAAUAAGUAUAUUUAUCUUAGUUUAGAGUAGAGCUUAACAUAUAUACUUUUAUCAAUAAUUUCAAGUAUAAAAAAACCAUAGUAUCUUUCAAAAAAUCUUAGAAUCACAGAGAAUCCUUAACCAAAAUUGGCAUAGGGACUUAUUUGUUGA